GAAAAGUAUUAAAUGAUCCACGGAUCUUGACUGAUGUUGGUGAUGUUCCUGUUCAAGAGAUACGAGAUUGUAGUGUAGAUGAUGACAAAUUGAUGAGUAUAAUAAGUCAGUCAGUCAAGCUUGUUAUGGAAGAAAGUCUCCCAUGGGGUUAUUGGAAUUCUUUGCUCUAUCCCAUUGUAGAGGUUGAGCUGACUGAGCCACUGCGCCCUUUAGUUUUAGGGGGUGACCACUCAAUAUCAUUUCCUGUUGUGCGAGCUGUGUCUGAGAAGCUUGGAGGACCUGUUGAUAUCCUUCACCUUGAUGCUCAUCCUGAUAUAUAUAAUGAAUUUGAAGGAAACAAGUACUCACACGCAUCUUCUUUCGCCCGAAUUAUGGAGGGUGGUUAUGCCCGACGACUUUUGCAGAAACUUGGUGAAGGUGCGAAAGGCGUGUAUAUUUCAAUCGAUGUGGACUGUCUUGAUCCUGCAUUUGCUCCCGGGGUAUCUCAUAUUGAGCCAGGUGGUCUGUCUUUCCGUGACGUUCUCAACAUCCUUCACAACCUUCAAGCUGAUGUUGUUGCUGCAGAUGUGGUUGAGUUCAACCCACAACGUGAUACUGUCGAUGGAAUGACUGCAAUGGUUGCUGCUAAGCUGGUCAGAGAACUGGCUGCAAAGAUUUCCAAGUGA